AUUGGCGGGAUGGUGUGACUGGCGUCUUGUCAUAACCCGAGGUUGAGCUGAUGUCGCAUGAGCUCAUGCCCAAGACCACAAGAAAACCAAGUUGCCCCACGUCCGGAUGAGCCUGCGAAGUUUUUUCCUUUUUCUUCUUCCGCCUCGACUGAGAGAGUACAAGAGCUCUGCACUCUGUACAGACACUCAUAACCACGAAAGACCACAAAGUCGUCGUUAGUGAUUGACACGGCAAAGUCCACAAUGGGUCAACCAUCUCAACAGGCGUCCAACGCCAUCAUCUACACUACUUACGCAGCUUUCCUUGUCUUCGGUCUCUUCGUCGCAUGGACGCUGCGGCACCAAACAAAGGGCGAGUAUCUCGCCACUUUGCGAACACAGAAGGGUACAGAACAUGACUCCAUCCGACCAACCUUCGAGGACUCCGCCUUGGAAGAAAGACUCGGUGGCUGAUACAUUUCCCAGGCAUACCUUUGGCCCUCAACUUCAUCGCGUCGGGUGAGUGUGCUCGAAGAGCAGCAACAGCCUGAAGCGGCGGCAGCACGAGGGCUAGGCACCGUCGACAGCAACGGUGCAACCAGCAAUGGGGCGAUAUAUCCAGCUUUUUCGAGGUGAUACAGGACCUCGUUUGAUCGAUACAAUACUUUGACUCGUUGGCAUACUGAGCAAUGCUCUCCAUCUGAGGUUCGUAUGCUUGCAUCAACGCCAUUGGCUCUUGUUGCUUUUGGCCGACAGAAGAGAUUCCGUGCUCUGCUCCUCUACUCUGAUUGUCUACCUCGAACAGGUACAGGCGUUGAGUGGCUUCCUUCCAACGCCAAAGGCUCAAGGGCCAAUGUGCAGCACUACGGGCGCUUGUGUCUGAUCGUUUCCCUCGGCCUUCAUCCACCUGGCUUCUUAUUCAAGCAACCAGAGAUGAAACGAGCUGCGAAAUGCCGAUCACACAAUGCUGAGAUUGUACCGUCAAAACUCGAUCAAGUUAAUGCUUGCGUGGGAAACGUGCUGCCAGCUUCUUCAACCCUGUCCCCCCUUCCCCUAAUUCGUGAAGAUCGUCCAUACUGACAAAUGUCCUACAUUUUCGGCAAACAGCUUUGGGUUCAGGGAUUUUAUUCUCGUACCCGCAGAUUUCCACCAUCGCGGGUGUCCAGGGCCUUGUGGUCUACAGUCUCUCCUCGGCCUUGCCACUUCUUGUCUUUGCCUAUCUUGGGCCCAUCAUCAGGAGAAAAUGUCCCGAGGGCUUUGUACUUACCGAGUGGACCCGACAGCGAUAUGGAGCUAUUACUGCACUGUAUCUCUCGGCCUUGACGCUUAUCACCCUUUUCCUCUACAUGGUUGCCGAGCUUUCUGCUCUCCAACAAAUCAUCAAUGCCCUGACUGGGCUCAACGGCCUCCCUGUCGUAAUAGUGGAGUGCGCCGUGACCACAAUCUACACUUCCCUCGGCGGGUUCAAAGUCUCUUUCAUCACCGACAACAUCCAAGGCGCCAUGGUCGUAGGGCUGAUCAUCAUUGGGUGCAUUACUGUGGGCGUGGAAACCCAUGUACAACAAGACUUGAUUGACAAGAGCGGAUACCUGAAUGCCAGCUUGCUAGGCUGGCAAUUGGUUUACAUCCUCCCAGUAGCGAUCCUCACGAACGAUUUCUUCAUAUCAGGGUUUUGGAUGAGGACGUUUGCGGCGAAGACGGAUAAAGAUCUGUGGGUUGGUGUGAGCAUUGCGACCGUGGCCGUCGCCAUCAUCCUGACGCUCUGUGGCGUGUCUGGGCUUUUGGCCGGGUGGUCCGGGGCCUUGGGCGACCCGCCACAGCAGUCUUCCAUCGCCUUCUUCCUGUUACUGGAGCAGCUUCCCGCCUGGGUCGUGGGGAUCGUGAUCGUCAUGACGGUUGCUCUGUCCACCGCCGCUUUCGACAGCUUUCAAUCCGCCAUGGUGAGCACCGGGUCGAACGACAUCUUCCGCAACAAGUUGAACCUCUGGAUUCUCCGAGCGACGGUUGUGUUGAUCAUUGUCCCCGUGGUAGUGGUGGCGUUGAAGUCACCGUCCGUGCUACAGAUCUACCUCAUCUCCGAUCUCAUCUCCGCGUCGUCCAUCCCCGUUUUGGUCAUCGGUCUCAACGAUCGAUGCUAUGCCUGGCGCGGGUUUGAAGUGGUAGUGGGAGGACUGGGCGGUAUAUUUACUGUCUUCCUAUUCGGUCUUGUUUUCUACAAGGGAGACGCCAGCUCCGCGGGGGCUCUUCUGUUGCUUGAAGCGGGCCUGUACGGGAACGAUUGGUCCGCCUUCGGGGCGUUCGUGGCUGCACCCGUUGGUGGGCUUUUGUGGGCGCUCGGUGCGUUCGGAUUAAGGCUCGCUGUUCAGUGGUCCCUCGCGAAGGUUCGCGGCACGAAGUUCGAUGCGCUGGACAAGCCCGCGGCGCCGACCGCGAGCUUCUACACGGGAAGAGUUAGCCCCGUCACGGGCGACUCGGAGAGAGAAAUGUACGCCGAUGGAGAGGGAGUUGUGAGAAGCCACGUCGAAGUCAAGGGCAAGUUCUUUUAAAUACGGACUUUACAAGUGGCAGAGCAAGGGAAGAGAAGGGGUGCCGUGAAACAAGGGGAGGCAAUGCUGCCGGACAGACGAGGCCUUGCGGCGAGAGCUCUCGUUCGGCGUCCUCCAUUGGUUUCCCAGAGUGGAAGGAAGAUGAUGAUGAGCAGGGCGAACGAGAAGGCUCGUCUCGUUCGAUCUCUGAAGACAUGGUGCCCAGCCUUCACCACAACACACAGGCUUGUCUAUUUGCCCAAUCGACGGCGGACACGACCCGACAUCCGUUCCAGCUCGGGGAUUCAGUCCUGCAACUUGCUUGAAAACAGCUUUCAACGAAGACAUGGAUAGAUGCAGACACCUGCCUUGCGGCCUGAAGGGUGGAGAGAGGGGGGAUAUGUCAUAUAUGAUGUUGUCGUUCAUAUGGCAGGUUGACCUGCCAUAUACAUUCGUUUGGAAAUAUGAGGUUACAUUCCAUGCCAUGCGAAUAUUUCUAGUUCGGCUAUGUAUCCAGCCUUUCCCAUCUUCUCGUGAAAUCCUCCCAUCCAUCUAUUGAAUAUCCGUUGCGAUCUAUCUAUCGC